UUUAUUUGCCAAUUUCAUAUUCUUUAGAUUUAGCCAAUAUCAUAUUCUUUUCAUAACAAUGUAGUUACGGCUUCUUUCUCAUACAAAUACUACAUUUCAAAUCAAAUGCUCCUACAAUUACAUAUUUCUAGAAGGUCAAAGAAUCCCCUCACCUUUUGUGAUUGCCUUCUGGCUAACCAAUUAUCCAAAUACGUGGUUCAAUCUGUUUCCAAGCAACAGCAGCACUGCGUAAUUUUAAUCUCUUUGUUACUUUGUUUCUCCUUUCUAAGUUAUGAUAAGGACCCAGUAACCUUGGCCUCAAAAAUAUCUUUUGCCUACCGUCAAUCUAGAAAGCCAAAAAUUGACAAAAGUCCUUUCAGCGUGUGUGCUGUGCACACGUCUCAGUGCUCUAUUUUAGCUGUUUGUCGUAAUAUAACAACCAAAGUGGACUCGCUCCUGCAUACAGGUUUGAUUACAUGUAGGGAAUCUGCUCAUCACAGACUUGUCUGCAGAUGAAUUGAUUGACCUAAGGUGAGUGAAUAAAUGCAAGGUAUAAAGCAUCACUGACUAAAGUCAGCAAUUAUAUGUUUCCAAACACUGACUGUCAUAUCAGUUCACAACGUUUGUACAAACCAUUACAUCAGCGCCUGUGCACAGAACUGCCUCAAAUGUCUGGCUUUAGUUUGGUACCACAGGAUGGCCUCCUUGCUUAAGGCCAACUGGACCUGCAGGUAACAUUCAGAUGAAGAAUUUAGCUCAAAGAAUUUAUAUCAACUGUGCGUCAUUCACACUCACAUAUCAAAAAGCCUCUCGGUGGAUAACCUGAUUCUCCAUCGAGAGGCAACAGCAUUAGAGGAAGAAUUACAAAGGGGAUCAUAGGAGAGAAUAUGGAGAAAAUCCAAAGUACCACUCAUGGAUCUGGCUGUUUUGAACACCCCACGCCUCCGGUAAGAUGCAGGCUUAAGAAAUAUUUCGUAGUAUUAUAAUUGACUUCCAUGACUUAAUUCGAACCUGCGUAUUCUGCAAACUGUUGAUAUCCAGCAAUGUUCUCAGAUUUCUUGUUUUUGUUUGCACACUUACUCAUUUUGCAUGUUCGGGACUUUGUUAAGGAACAGAGCAGAACACCCGUCUCUGCUGCGGUCAGUCGCUUCCUGAGAUUUGGAGCCAUCGCCCUCAUCGUCGCUGCAGUGUUGAUGUUGUGUGCAUCGAUGGCCGCUCUCUACCUGUGGAGGGUGAGCAAUAAAAACGUUUAUAACGUUCGUUACAGUAUGAACAUCAACGGGGAGGUGAGGCAGGGCUCCGUGGAAAUUGAUUCAGACAACAACCUGCAGAGAUUUAAAACUGGGAGUGGAGCUGACGAAGCCGUGGAGAUCCAUGACUUUCAAAUUGGAAUAACCGGAAUCCGCUUCCUUGGAGGAGAAAAGUGCUAUAUAAAAUCCCAAAUCAAAUCCCAUCUUCCACACAUGGGAGCCCAUAACAAAGAGUCGCAGAUGUUUGACAUGACUGAUGAAGUCAUUCCAGUGAGUUCUGGGGAGCAGUUCCUCGUGUGGGUUUCUGCAGAACAGCCGCUGAAGGACACCAGCUUUCUGAGCAACAAAAUCCUGGGUCUUUGCACCAAUCUUCCCAUCUACUGGCUCUACUCGAAAGAUGGGGAGAGGAGAAAGAGAGACACACAGCGAGCCAAACGGCAGUUUAACAUGGAGAAGACAGAGACAGCUGCCGAGGAGAGGAGCCCGGUGAGUCACACGGAGGACGACACCUCCAGAGUGGGGGAAGAAGAGGAGGGGCCCCACUCUGCUGCGGGGUCAGCAUACAAUCCCGAAAACCCUUAUCAUCGCGGCGGAGGACCCGGAGAGGAAGGAGCCAUGACCUUUGACACCAUGUUAGACCACCAAGGAAUCUGCUGCUCAGAGUGCCAACGCAGCUACACCCACUGUCAGAGGAUAUGCGACCCUCUGCGUGGACACUGGCCCUGGCCGUACAACUACAGGGGAUGCCAGGUGGCCUGCAGAGUAAUUAUGCCCUGUCGUUGGUGGGUGGCACGCAUCUUAGGCUUGGUGUAAGAAAACACGUAACACUUGGGAGGGAGCAUGUCUUUUCUCUUCUUCAUUUUUAAAGGCCGACAAGGUCUCCAGACUUUCAGCUUCUUUACAGUUAUGGAUGAAAAUGUUCAGUUUUAAUCCAAAUGAUGCCUGAAAAACUAUGCCUGUUAGAAUGAGCUACAUAUCACGAUGAUUAGUAUGAGUAGGCCUAUCUAUAUAAUUAUUUUUUUUCAUGGCUUUAUGUUAAACUUCCAUCCAGGCAAAAUAUUUGUCAUAGAAACAGGUGCUUUUCCUCUGUAGGCUGCGUCUUUCAUUUUGGUAAAACCGGAUGGAACUGGAACACACCACAUUCCUGUUAGCAGCAACGGAUUCACAAAUGAGCUCCUCCAUAUUUGCAUCAUGUAAUAGCAAAGCUUAAUGCGCUGUACUAUGUUUAAUGAAAGGUAUGGGACUGAAUCCAAAGGCUCAGCAGAUCAUGUACCUUUUCUGACUGAGUAGGCUCCAAUAAAUUUUAAUUACAGUA